UCAAAACAAACACACACACACACACACCGAGCGGUUAACAGGUAGGGUUUCAUCAUACCAUUUCUCAUAUAUCUACAUCCAAUACAUAUAUACAUACAUAUAUAUGUAUAUGUAUACAUUGAAUUUAGUGGUUAUAACCUUAUAACGAUUAGGGUUUGUUCGACUGACGACUCGAAGAACUCGCUUUCGUUCUGCAAAUCACCAGUUAAAUCGACUUCAGAUUUCGGAAGAAAACAAUAGUUGGUCACACUGUCAAAGUGAGAACAUAUUAUUGUCUCGAGUGGGACUGUUGGUUGUUAUUGUUCCAGAUUUUCAUGUGAGUGAAGAUGGGGUCCGCUUGUUGUGUUGCUGCUAGAGAUAGAACUAUAACGGAUCGAUCUAGUAAUGAUAUUGUUACAAGAAAUGAUCGGUAUUCGCCAUCAUGGAGCUUUAGGUGGGAUAACCGGGGGCGUGUUGCAGGUGAAGAGUCGUCCGUUAACGACAGGUUGGACAAUAAAUCUCAUACAACUGUAGAAACCGCUUAUGCAACAGAAGGUAGUCCGUUGGACAGUUCUAGAAGUCUGAGGUGGCAAAAGUCACCACCUUCUGAAGAAAUUGGGCUUCCCCAGUUAGAUAUGUUGCAUUCCAAGAAUCUUCAUGAGAUGAAAGAUUCAAGGGGAACGCAAACUCCAGUAGCUUUGGAGCUAUCUCCAACCAACAUGCUAACCCCGACACAUUCAAUUUCAUCCUUGUCAGCAUCUCCUUUAUCUUCUUCCCAAAGUCAACUCAUGCCGAUGUCGAGUUUGACUCCGUCAAGAUGGGCCCGCCGUUCGCCAGGUCACCACCAUCUACUCCGUCAAAUAUCCGAUAGCCGAAUUCGAGGCAUGAUGUCACCAAACUUUUCAAUAUCUGAAGAUGGUUCAGGUUCUCCUUUCAUGCACCAUCCCGGGUUGACCAAUAAGUCAAACGUCGGGUCCCACGGUGGGUCGUCAGACGGUUGGUCAAAUAGAGAUAGAUGGUCUUUUGACAGUGAUAGAGUUAGCCGUUCUAGUGUCAGGGUUUCAUCCUCUCCGACGGUUGAGAUCAUGACAUGUGCCAUCUGCUCCAAGCUGUUGACCGAACGGUCAUCUUGGAGCAGCCAUAAACUCAUGGCUACUAACGGGCUUCCGGUUGUUUCGGUUCUGAUAUGCGGGCACGUUUAUCACGCAGAGUGUUUGGAAAAUAUGACGUCCGAGAUCAAUAAGUAUGACCCAGCAUGUCCAGUUUGUACUUUGGGAGAAAAAAAGGUUAUUAAGUUGUCGGGUGAAAUGGAUUUCAAGGGUAAAAUCGGAAAGAAGUUAAGUCGUCGGGUGGUGGAUGGUGGUAAUUCGGUUAUUUUUAAUCAGUUUGCAAAUGGAAGGGGUCCCGUGAUGGGGUCAAGUUCCAGCAUGAAAAGCUCGACAAGUACGGGAAAACCGUUUUUAAGGAGACAUUUUUCGUUUGGCUACAAACCGAAUAGAUCUUUUUCUGACAACGGUUUUAGAAAAAAGAGAUUUUUCUGGUCGAAAUCAAGCAAGGAGUGAGGUUUUCGCUGUUAAAAAGGUAGGCGAUUGAUAUUCUUAAAACAAAGACAUCGAUGUGGGCGCCACAGUCCAAAGGACAGUUCAAAAUAGGUGAGAAGAAUAUAUACAGCUGGAAAAAUAAUAUGAAUUUAGAUUUAUUCAUUUUCUUUUAAUUUUACUUUUAAUUUUAAUUUGUAUCUUGUAAAGUGUUAUGUGUUUGUUUAUUCUUGAAUUAAAUGGAACUGAAAUGGGGAAUAGUGUGCAUGUAUGUAUGUAUAUAUGUAUCUGUUUUGCUCAGAGUUCA